AAAUUUAAAACUCUUUAAUAGUUUUAUUAAAAUUAUAGUCAAAAAUGUUUUUCAAAUUAUUUUUCACAACUGUUUUAUUAGCCUAUAGUCUGGCACUGGAGGACGAUAAAUAUGACACCGAUAUUGAAAAGUCUCGUAAACCGGAACACGUGAUCCACCCCUUAAUGGCCGACCGGUCGUCCCAACGGGAGUUCACUGGCGAACAGAUUCCCGAGAAAGAGCUCCAAUCCCUGUUCGAGGCCUCACGAUGGGCGCCGUCAUCCAAAAACAUACAACCCUGGAGAUUUGUGUACGCCCUACCUAACACCACACGUUUCAAUGAGUUUGCCGGGUUAUUAGAGCCGGCAAACCAAGUAUGGGCUAACAAAUCAGCGGCACUGGUAGUUCAAAUAGCGCCGUUAUUUGAGGAAUAUAAGGGAAAAGUGUACCCAAUUGUCCCGUUUAAAGCCAUGUUUGACUCCGGGUCGGCCUACCUGUCACUGGCGUUAGAGGCAGCCGGUAGAGGGUUGUCAGCUGUGGCACUGGGAGGUAUUGACUACGACAGGGUGUAUAAGGUUGUGAAUGUGACCCAAAAGUCACAUCAGAUCCCUAUUAUGAUAGCCAUCGGCAAGAAUCCGGACAAUAAGGACAGAAAGACUGCGAAAACUAUUACUCCGAGAAAUACGGAAAAUAAGUGGCUUUUCAGGGAUACCUUCGUUAACACCGACCCCGACGGACAGGAUUUGGAGUUUCAA